AUGGCAAGGGAGGAAUAUUCAGUAGAAACCCGCUCCCAAAUCGUGACGUUGGUGAUGAUUGCAAAAAUGAAACCUCAAGACGUCUCUUUAAUGCUCAAUAUUCCUCAAAGCAGCGUUUAUAACAUUAUCAAACGCGCCAAAGAGCAUGGAUAUGACCCUACAGUCAAUCCUCGUAUCAAGCAUGAUCACGUUGCUAGCGAGGAGCGCAGUGGUCGCCCCAAGGUGGUUACUGAAGCUAUUAAGGCCUCGAUUACUGCAAGUGUUACUAAUGAUCCCGCGAGUCGUGAGAAGUCUACUGAAUCUCUCGCUUAUGAAGCUGGUAUUUCUGAAUCCUCUGUAUUUCUGAAUCCUCUGUUCUACAUCGUCUUUUGA